CCGUCGGACGGAGGUUUGGGCAGGGAAGCGUCGCUCUCCCGUUUCUGGCCCCUCCGUCCCUUUCUGCCCAAUCUUAGAACUGAGGGAGGUGCGGGUUCCUUUGCUGACUAGGCGGCUGGAGGGAAAUGAACUGGAGAUUAUAUUACAGAGUCUCUUCAGGAAGGCAUGCACUUUGUGCUGAAAGUUUUCAGAGACCAAUAGGAUGGAGGAAUUGCUGGAUAUGUUCCCAGCAACAUUAUUAUGGGAAUUUUUCUGGUUCUAUGGCCUGCAGAAAACUGCUCCUAACUUCAUUGAAACCCACCUUCGUCUUUCCAAAUGGAAAUCUUUUCUUUCAAAGAACUCCAGAAAGCAGAAUAGAAAAGAUUGCAAGUACCUAUGGAGUGAGGCCCUUUUCAUUAUCCACUGCUCUAAUGGUAUUCUUUGGAGGUGGCAGAGGAAGAAAUGAUGGUCAAAAGGAGCAGCUCACCCUGAAGGAUGUGACAGAACUAAUUCAGAAGAAAGAAUGCAAGAGAGUCGUGGUGAUGACUGGAGCAGGGCUCAGCACUCCUAGUGGUAUCCCCGAUUUCAGGUCCCCUGGGAGUGGCCUCUACAGUAAUCUCCAGCAGUAUAAUAUUCCUUAUCCAGAAGCCAUAUUUGAGCUCAAUUACUUUUUCCACAAUCCUAAGCCUUUCUUUACAUUGGCCAAGGAGUUAUACCCUGGCAAUUACAGGCCCAACUAUACUCAUUACUUUCUCCGACUUCUACUUGACAAAGGGCUCCUUCUGCGUCUGUACACACAGAACAUUGAUGGGCUGGAGAGAGUUGCUGGGAUCCCUCCAGAUAAACUAGUUGAGGCUCAUGGUACAUUUGCUUCUGCUACAUGCACUGUCUGUCGAAGGUCAUACCCUGGUGAAGACUUCAGGGAGGAUGUGAUGGCUGACAAGAUCCCCAAGUGCCCUGUGUGUACUGGAAUGAUCAAACCUGACAUUGUUUUUUUUGGAGAGGAGCUCCCUCAUCGGUUCUUCUUACACGUGACAGAUUUUCCUAUGGCAGACCUGCUCUUUGUCAUCGGAACCUCCCUUGAGGUGGAGCCAUUUGCCAGUCUAGUUUAUGCAAUUCGUAGCUCUGUUCCACGUGUACUGAUCAAUCGGGAACUGGUGGGACCAUUCGCUCAUCAGCCACAGCACAGUGACGUGGCUGAACUGGGAGACGUCAUCAUUGGAGUAGAAAAAGUAGUGGAAUUGUUGGGCUGGAAGGAGGAAUUGCAAGAAUUAAUGAAGAAGGAAAAAGAAAAGCUGGAUGCAAAAGACAAAUAGGAAAUCUGACCCCUGCUGUUGGAAAUGAUGUUUACCUCCUAAAGGACUGUUCGCUGCAGCCAAAGGUUACAGCAAUAAGAGCAGAGAACUGGAGGAAAAUAUGCUCUCCAUUGUGCUAGCACCCAGGAGGUUAGAAAAACUAAAAAUCAUUCAGAGAGUCUAGUUGCACAUGGAUGUCCUCUGAAGGAUCUUGGGAGGUGAUGAUCAAAUGGCAGGUUGUGAAUUUGCUUUUGCAUAAGAGGCUCUAGAUACCAGAGUGGAAGAUGAAGAUGUACAUUAUAGCUGCUACUUCCCAUUAAACUUCACCUCUUAAGCUGUUUCUCCAAACAAACUCUUCAAAUGUUUUCUAAACCAUCACAGAUCUUGUGGUGUUGCACUAGUAGCCUUAGCUGCAAUAGCAUUCAUCACAGUUAUGCUGAAUCUGACAUUGUACCAACUUGUGAAAGAAUUUGGAUUAGGCCAACUUUCAUAACUAAGCUUAGAAGUUUGACUGUUCAGUCAGUGUGUCUUCUGCUGUAGCUUCUGUGAAGAUCAAUCUGAAAGCUGAUAUUCUAAAAUAAUUUGAUGUAUUAAUAUGCAGUGUAUCAUUUAUGUAACAUGAAAAGAUAAGGGGUGUGUAACUACAAUUCUAGCAAGAAAUGACAACAAUGAAAAGUGUAGUGAAGCUGCUGUUUGAACUUGAAUGAACACUUAUUGAGUGGCAAUAAUUAGUCAAAAUAAAAGCAUGUUUCAGCAGUCUCUCAA